UUUACAUCUGUUGAUCUGACCUGACUUGAAGCGUCCAAAGAGGGACGGCUGUCAGCUCUGCUGCACUGAAAACCCACCAGCUCACCCCAGACAUCUCAGAGCAGCCUGACCAUUCAUGCAAAGGGGGAAAGAAACACAUGGGACUAAACACCUGAGCAGAAUGGAUUCAUUUUUUUUCCCCAAGGAGAAAAACAGGGUAAAAGGGGAGCAAGCAAUUCAGUUUAAAGUCCUUGUGAAUGGGCUCUCCGAAGGCAAUUAAAGAAAGCCACGCAGAGGACCUGGGGUGAAACUGGGGUCCUGUGGACUUUCUGAUAAGUGGAAGCAGGUUUUACACAUGCUGUUGGCAAAUGUCAGAUGGGAAAAAAGGAGCAGGUUAAGUAACUGGCAAAAGAAACUUCCAGGUGGAAUGAGCAACCAGGUCCUGCUGCAAGCUUGAAGGAACCUGGAGCCGGAUGAGAAAGCAAACUUGAACAUGACCUGUUGCAUCUGGCAAGUUGUAGCAACAUGCUCCUAAAGAAGCGGUACAGGCAUGGACCGUGCAGACUUCAGUUCCUCCUGCUGUUCCUGAUGCUGGGAUGCAUCCUGAUGAUGGUGGCCAUGUUGCAUCCUCCCCUGCACACUGGGCAACAGGCUGUCACAGCCCAGGCCAACAAGCACACCCCUGAAAGCCGGUACCACCUGGACUUUGGGGAAUCUCAGGAGUGGGUCCUGGAGGCUGAGGAUGAGGGUGAGGAGUACGACCUCCUGGAGGGCCUGCCGCCCUUUAUCUCGCUGCGGGAAGAUCAGCUGCUAGUGGCUGUGGCUUCACCCAGGGCCAGAAGGAAUCAGAGCCAGGGCAGGAGAGGUGGCAGCUACCGGCUCAUCAAGCAUCUGAGCAAGAGGCCGGAUGAGGAAGCCCCAGAGAGGGACUGGGGGGCCGAGGAGGAGGAUGGGGAGGUAUCAGAAGAAAAGGAGAUGACCCCACUCAGCCUGGACUCGCAUGGCCUCAACGAGGCGCUCAGUGCCCGCCUGCCCCUUCACAGGGCCCUGCCCGAGGUGCGGCACCCGCUGUGUCUGCAGCAGCGCCCUGAGGAGAGCCUGCCCACAGCCAGUGUCAUCCUCUGUUUCCAUGACGAAGCCUGGUCCACCCUCCUGAGGACCGUGCACAGCAUCCUUGACACAGCACCCAGGGCUUUCCUGAAAGAGGUCAUUCUCGUGGAUGACCUCAGUCAACAAGGACAACUCAAGUCUGCUCUCAGUGAAUAUGUGGCCAAGCUGGAGGGUGUGAAGUUGCUCAGGAGCAAUAAGAGACUGGGUGCCAUCAGGGCCCGGAUGUUGGGAGCCACCAGGGCCACAGGGGACGUGCUGGUCUUCAUGGAUGCCCACUGCGAGUGCCACCCAGGCUGGCUGGAGCCCCUGCUCAGCAGAAUAGCUGAUGACAGGAGCCGUGUGGUAUCCCCAGUCAUAGAUGUGAUUGACUGGAAGACUUUCCAAUAUUAUCCGUCCAAGGAGCUUCAGCGUGGGGUCUUGGACUGGAAGCUGGAUUUCCACUGGGAGCCUUUGCCAGAGAAUGAGAGGAAGGCCCUCCAGUUCCCCAUCAGCCCCAUCAGGAGCCCUGUGGUAUCUGGAGAGGUGGUGGCCAUGGACAGACAUUACUUCCAAAACACUGGAGCCUAUGAUUCUCUCAUGUCACUGCGGGGUGGCGAAAACCUUGAAAUGUCCUUCAAGGCCUGGCUCUGUGGUGGCUCUGUUGAAAUCCUUCCCUGCUCUAGAGUGGGGCACAUCUACCGAAAUCAGGAUACCCACUCCUCCUCCCUUGACCAGGAGGCCAUCCUCCGGAACAAAGUCCGCCUUGCUGAGAUCUGGCUGGGGUCAUUCAAAGAAACCUUCUACAGGCACAGCCCAGAGGCUUUUGUUUUGAGCAAGGCCGAGAAGCCAGACUGCACUGAACGCUUGCAGCUGCAAAGGAGACUAGGCUGUCGGACGUUCCAUUGGUUUCUGGCCAACAUCUACCCUGAGAUGUACCCAUCUGAACACAGGCCCAGGUUCUCUGGAAAGCUCCACAACACUGGAUUUGGCUUCUGUGCAGACUGCCAAACAGAAGGGGACAUCCUGGGCUGUCCCAUGAGGCUGGCCCCUUGCAGUGACAGCCAGCAGCAACAGCACCUGGAGCACACCAGCAGGAAAGAGAUCCGCGCUGGCAGCCCACAGCACCUGUGCUUCGAUGUCAGGCGAGAGCAGGUGAUUCUUCAGAACUGCACAGAGGAUGGCUCUGCCAUCCACCAGCAGCACUGGGACUUCCAGGAGAAUGGAAUGAUUGUCCACAUUCUUUCUGGGAAAUGCAUGGAAGCUGUGGUUCAGCAAAACAAUAAAGAUUUGUACUUGCGUCAGUGUGAUGGAAAAGUCAGCCAGCUGUGGCGAUUUGACCACAUCCACCCUGUGGAUGAACGAUGAAUGCCGGAAAGCAAGAGAACAUGGGCAAGUCACAGUUCUGCCCCAAAGGAACUAAAGGAGUAUGUUUAUAUCAUAAAGCAGAUUCUUUUGUACUUGUGCUUCUGAUGCAGGAGAGAAAGUUUUGUGAAUCAAUAUCAGAAGCCCCUUUUUUUCACCCCUUAUUUCAUUGACUGCUGGCUGUUUUUAAAAAAGAAAGAGUGGAUUCAUGGUCUUCAUCACUGGAGAUGAUCAACGUAUGUUACAGAAGAUUC